AUGACAAACGCUUACACACUAGCAAGGAGCAAGAGUGACGGCAAAAAUAAAACGCCCCUGAAAAUGCACUGCAGGGACUGUGCCCUGGUGACCAGCUCGGGGCAUCUGCUGCACAGCCGCCAAGGCCCCCAGAUCGACCAGACCGAGUGCGUCAUCCGCAUGAACGACGCCCCCACGCGCGGUUACGGGCGCGACGUGGGCAACCGAACCAGCCUGAGGGUCAUCGCGCACUCCAGCAUCCAGAGGAUCCUCCGCAACCGCCACGACCUGCUCAACGUGAGCCAGGGCACCGUGUUCAUCUUCUGGGGCCCCAGCAGCUACAUGCGGCGCGACGGCAAGGGCCAGGUCUACAACAACCUGCAGCUCCUGAGCCGCGUGCUGCCGCGGCUGAAGGCCUUUAUGACCACGCGCCACAAGAUGCUGCAGUUUGAUGAGCUCUUCAAGCAGGAGACUGGCAAGGACAGGAAGAUCUCAAACACUUGGCUCAGCACUGGCUGGUUCACAAUGACAAUUGCACUGGAGCUCUGUGACAGGAUCAAUGUUUAUGGCAUGGUGCCCCCAGACUUCUGCAGGGACCCCAAUCACCCUUCAGUACCUUAUCACUAUUACGAACCUUUUGGACCUGAUGAAUGUACAAUGUACCUCUCCCACGAGCGAGGACGGAAGGGUAGUCAUCACCGCUUUAUCACAGAGAAACGCGUCUUUAAGAACUGGGCACGGACAUUCAACAUUCACUUCUUUCAACCAAACUGGAAACCAGAAUCGCUUGCUAUAAAUCAUCCUGAGAAUAAACCUGUGUUCUGAGGAAUGAGUGUGUCAGACCGAAAUCUGAAGUACGUACUGUAUCAGACACCAGGCCACUGAACUUUCUGAGCCACUAGACACAAAAGAGGGACAAAACUGCGAGCAGGAAACUCCUCCAGAAGCAACAUGUACAGAUGCCUCUGAGGCAUGACUACCAAGCAGUGCAGUUGGUUUGUAAGGAGAAAUUCCAGAAUUAAUAUGUCCUAAUGAGUAUCAUCCCUUUCAAAAGGGGUUACCUUAGGAGCUAACCACUCAUUUCAAUGAUGCUGCCAUGGCUAAAAAUCAUUCUGGAUCUCUUAAGUAUUGCCUUCAAAACUGAAAACACAAGCAACUCAACAAUGUUAGUUGUAUUCCUUUAUAGAAAUACCACAUCAAAAGACAUUUUUCUAUCAAGUUGUAUCCUAACCUGAUCUAUAAUCUUUGUCAUCUGUUGGGCUCUGUGUGUGUGAUUUGUAAAAAAAAAAAAAAAAAAAAAAAAGCAGCCUGAAAGUAUGGACAUGAUUUCUGAAGAGCACAUCUCCACUGACUUUCAUAAAACAAAUGCCCAAUAUUUAUUUACUGAGAGUUUUUUAGUGCACUCUAGGCCAGUAUUUUUAUAGAUUAUGAUUAUGUGGUAAUUUAUCCUUCUUAACUCUUUUAUCCUGAAUGAUGGUUGGAAAACACCUAGAAUAGGGUUGGCGAGUGACUGUGUUCACGAUGCUCACUGUUAGCAUGCCAUUGGCUUGGAAAUGUUGCAUUGUAUUUUUUGAACCCUUAGGCUUCAAGAAUAGCCAUGACAUUUUCUAACAUAAGGAAAUGUUCUAAAUGACAAAAUUGAAAACCAAAAACUGUGUUAUUACAACAAAACAAUACUAACAAAAGAAACUUAAAGAUAGUUGUCUUUAGUAAUAGUUGAUGUAGGUUACCUGACGUAAAACCCUCGUUUUCUUCUCUGACGAUGAUGUCCCUGUACCAGACGACCGCAUACUUUUCCUUCCAAAUAUAACAUUCUGUGAGCCUCUCGUUGACAUCAUUAAGGACUUUGCACUUGGAAUGAUGGGGCUUCUGCAGUAGCAAAAGCCUGAUUAUAGGGAUCUUUUCAUUCCCCUGCUAUCUAUCUCCUCUGUGGUUAAAAACAUAACUUCCUUCCUGGUCCCCAUUGGCUACAAACUGCCACCCUGCUUUUCUGGUGUUUCUUGCACCACAAAAAAAAAAAAAAAAAAAAAAGGGAAAAAAACUGAGAAA